AUGCCAUUCAUGAGUAAGUAAUACAUUUAUACCGAGUACUAUAAAUAGAAUGACUAACAAUGUUUUAGUACCAUUUUCAAUUAAAGUAGCUAUUGCACUUGGAACAGUAGCUGGUGCAUCAGUCGCCAUUAUAAAUAAUAAAGAAAUUGUAUUAGAAACAGCAGAAACUAUAUUUACAAAAGGUGCUGAAUUUUGUAGAAAUAAAUUAGAAGAAGCUAAACAAAAGAAUCAACAAGCGCAAUUUGCAGAUGCUUAUGAAGAUGAUCAUUUUAAACAAUAUGAAGAAGAUUCGCAUAAAUCAAAUUUAAAUGGUGAAAGUGAUUAUGAAGGUAUAAGCACACCAGAAGCUAGUGAUUUUUCAGAAAUUGAAACUGAUGAUUAUAUGGAUUCAGAUGAUGAUGAAAAAGAAGCAAAUUUAAAAAAUAGACGUACUUAUCAUAAUGAUGAAAAACUUGAAACUCAAAGUUUAGAUUAG